UUCAAAAGCAAUGCCAAGUAAAAUCAAAACUUUUUCGAUUUGAGAUUAUAGUGGAAAAUUAAUCAAUUUUGAAUUCCUUAUGCUCAUUAAUCAUUAAAAUGAUUGUUAUUUUUUAGUUCUGUAAAUGAAAAAAAGUUACAAAUGUUGAUUCAUUCCAGUAUGCUUCAAAGAAGUACAAUAGGCUAAAGCCCAGUAUUCAACUUUUAAGGUUGCUGCCUUUUAAAGACUUACAAUGGAUACUAUAAGAAGAUCUUGGAAAUUACAAGAAUUUGUCGCUCACAAGGCAAAUGUCAAUUGCCUGGCGAUGGGACACAAAUCAAACCAAGUGUUGGCUACCGGAGGUGAUGACAAAAAAGUGAACCUAUGGGCUAUUGGACGACAAGGUUGCCUAAUGAGUUUAAGUGGCCAUACAACACCUGUGGAAUGUGUUUGUUUUGGACACUCAGAAGAUUUAGUUUGUGCUGGCUCCCAAACAGGUGCUCUGAAAAUAUGGGAUUUAGAAGCUGCUAAACUUUUGAGAACAUUCACAGGACACAAAGGAGCUAUAAAAUGUAUGGAUUUUCAUCCUUACGGCGAUUACUUAACUACAGGCUCAUGUGAUAGUAAUAUCAAGCUGUGGGACACACGGAAGCGUGGCUGUAUUGUAACUUAUUCAAGCCAUCGCCUUGCAGUUAACAGUCUUCAAUUUAGCCCUGAUGGCCAGUGGAUAGCAUCAGCAUGCGAAGAUGGUUUCGUCAAAGUGUGGGAUGUAAGAGUGGGAAAAGUAUUACAAGAGUUUGUAGAGCACACUUCAGGUGUAACUUGUGUCAAGUUCCACCCUCAUGAGUUUCUUCUGGCCAGUUGUGGCACUGACAGAACUGUGAACUUCUGGGACAUGGAAAAGUUCCAAUUAGUAUCAAAAUUUGAAAAAGACAACACAUCUAUUAGGCAUAUGACAUUUAGUGAUGAUGGCGCAACAUUGUUAGGAUGUGGAAAUGAUGGACUUCACGUGAUUGGAUGGGAACCAGCACGGGUACUGGACACUAUAAACGGCCAUUGGGGUCAGAUUCAUGACAUAACAGUUGCUCAAACACAACUUAUUGCAGGCUCAUUUCAUUCAACUUAUGUAGUUUUAUCAGUGGUGGAUCUCAGUAAAGUACAUCCCUUUGGCGGCCCACCCCCUGCUGUCACUACUGCCGUGCGAGACCUCUCACCGUUCCAAAAAGGUCAAUCAGUACGUAAGAGCUUCUCAAAAGAAAAACCGCCGAAAGAAGUGAUGCAUAGACCGACGCCCCUGGAUGAAAAGACUGCUGAGGAAUCCACAUCUGGAACGGAGGCAGAUGAAGAAUCAGGUGCUGUUAUACCUAAUAUUAAUGACUACACUGAAAUUUUCCGCCCGUCUAGAGCAUUGACACGGACACCUCCGCCAGCAACGAGUUUAUCAUCGGAAGACUUUUCAAUAAUAGGUUUGGAGGGCACCAGUAAGCCAGAGGGUGUGACGACAGCCGCGAGCACGUCUCUGCGUGCGUUGCUACUGGAGGAGCGGCCGCGCGAUUCUCGCAUACCCACGCCAAACACUAACAGCACAGCCAACCACUACUCCGCAAGGGAAAAGAAACCACAAAUGUUUUCCAGAAUUGUCGUGGAAAGCAACAAAGAUGAAAAUUUGUACCCCACAACGCAAACAUCCACUUUUAACGAAUUCACCGCCAACACUCUUACUACGUCAUUAAACCGACAUAAUUCAUACAAGGAAUCAAAAUCUGCUAUGGAUAUAAAUCCAAAUAGUCUUCGUCAAAGCAACAGUGAAGUAUCAUUAGGUCCCCCAUCACUUGGACCUAGAUCAUUAUCUUUCACAAGGCCCCCUAGUCAAAGCUCAAGAGCGCGAUUAGAGAGCACGGGCCCGCAGCGAGAGAUUGAGCGCGAACCUGAACCGGAGUUCGUGCCUUAUUCAGUUGACCGGCCUGUCGGGCUCGACCUUGAUGAGUUUUUACCUCGCGGGCUGACGGCCGGGGGUGCGAGGCGCGGUGCUCGAGGCGGCGCGGCGGAGCCCAGCGAACAGGAAGUGCUGGGCGUCAUGAUGCGGGGACACGACUCCAUGAUGGCCGUGCUCGCAGCCCGCCAGCGCGCCCUGCAGAUUUUCCAUUCAGUGAGAAUUAACAAAAGUUUAAAAUCUGCAUUAGAAUCAGCGAUCGCUUUAGAUGACGCAUCCGUGAUCUUAGACAUCCUAAACGUGAUGGCACACAAACCAUCAUUAUGGAACUUGGAUGUAUGCCUACUAAUGUUACCUAAAAUAUAUGAGCUGCUUCAAAGUAAAUAUGAAACAUACAUGCAAUGUGGUUGCAAUGCACUAAGGCUGAUAGUGAGGAACUUUUCGUCGGUUGUUCGCGCUAAUGUGAGCGCGCCGGUGCGGACACUCGGCGUCGACAUCCCACGAGAGGAGCGGUACACCAAAUGCGUGCAAAUACAUCGCUUGCUGUUGGACAUACGCGCCUUUCUCCUAAAGCGACAAACCCUUCAAGGCCGACUCGGCGCCGCCUUCCGCGACCUCCAUACGCUGAUGCAGCAGGGACUCGACUGACGACCGAAUGUCCCACCUGGGGCAUUGUAUUUUUAAAGGAAAUGUAACUGAUAAAAAAAUCUUAAAAAUGAAAUUUAGUGUUGGCAAUUUUAUUUUAUAUAAAUCUCUGUGGUCGUACGCUAAAGAGAACGUCACCCGCGCCCGCAGUUGUUUGCGAUGCGUACAAUAUUAUAGCGCGCAUACGUGCAUUUGCGCGUGUUUUAAGCUAGGGACAAACUGAUCUUACUUCCGCAACGUAUGAAAUGCAUUUUGGCACUCUUGAUUUGAAAAUAAAAUUUAUGUUAUAGAAUCACACUUAUCGUAAGCCAGCUGAUCACACGCCUUCCCCGCAAUGUCGACCUGUAUUGUUUAAAUGCAUCGGAAGGUGAAGGGGGUGUUCUUAGCAGCCUAUCUGUAUAUACAAAUAGUCCUUUAAAAUUAACAUUGCCCAAUUUACAAUUCGUUUACGUUGUCUAAGGGAGAUUAGUCUGUCUCUAGCUGUAGUGUACAACCUAAACUUAACUUAAUUGGCAGGCUCCAAAUAGUGUAUCUCUGUUAUGGCAGACUAUUGUCAAAAGAGCAGCACUAUUUUUGAACUCUCAAUUUAGGUUAGGGAUAUGGGUUCUACAGAAUUGGCACAGAUAUGUACUUAAAUAUCAGUGACAUCAAAUGUUAAAAUGUAAUAAAUGUUAAAUUUAGGUUUGACAUCCCCAUAAAACUGGUUUAAAAACUAAUGAUGCCAUUUUAAGACUAUCAACAUACCUAUUUGGAACUAAACAAACUUUUAUAUAAUUUAUUAGAGGGAAACAAAUAAAAGCACAUAAUAUAGAUGUACUUUAAGAAUUAAAAUAUAAGCAAUGUACAAAGACUAAUUUUCAUGACUGUAUUAUAGUAAACCAUAAUAUCCAAAUACUGCACUGCUUUGUUAUAAUGUUAUUAUACAUUGCAUUCACCAACCAUACAAUUCAUGCAUAUCAAUUAUUUAAAUCUAUUACUUAACUAAAAUUAUUAAUGGUGAUGCUUAAUUGUUGCCUUAAAAUUAUCUAAUAAUGUCAGUUAUUUGCCCGGUUUUGCCUUUAGACAAUUAAAAUUAAAUUGCUCUAAUCUUUAAUAUAGGACUUGCAAAAAAUCCUCUACACUUCACUGACCACCCACUGCCAGUUCUUAUUAUAUACUUUGCACAGUUCUUUCACAUCUAACACUGAACACUAGAUUUUAACAGAAAACAUAACAUAAUCUGAGUUACUUUGAUGGUAGUUGCAGUAAAAUAUGAUUCCAGACUAAUUAAUCUAAAUUAAUCUGGUCCAGCACUAACUCAUGAAGGUACAUUAACUAGAUAAGUACUAACUUAUAGCAAUGUCAUAUUAAUUUAUAAGGUGCUGAUAACAUACCUAUGUUAAUAUAAUAUAUAUAUUCAUAAUAGACUGACAAUGGUGCCAAUUCUGUUGUAAACAAAACACUAUAUUGUAUAACUAAUUUGAUAUGUCCAAAGUUAGUGUUUUCCUUAUUGGUAUGCAGUGUGAGAAGAAAGCAUUACUUAUUUAUUUAGACCAUGUAUAGUUUUUUGGGUACAACCAAAUUGGCAACAAUAAUUUAAAUGUCCUGACUUAAUUAAAAUUCAUUAAUUGUU